AUGUCCAGUCCCAGCAUCAAUUGCUCGCAAUGGACAGAACUGAACGAUUUCAGCGAAUACAUUCAGGACCUCGACUCUAAAACGCACUUUAAUAAGAGCAUACUAGAGUCUUGUAAGAGCGAGAUAUGCAACGCCAUCUACGGCACAGGAAAUCCUGACAUAUCUGGCAUUGGGGUUGCUGUUGGAUAUGUUCUCGAGAUCACAUUGAGCAUAUCCCUAUCUCUUGCAGUCAUAAUAUUCAAGAGAAGUGGCAAGAAUAGCCAAAGGCAUGAAGUUGCAGUAGCCGACCUUGAAGCAUUUGUCGACUCUGCUGCAUAUUUUGCCCUGGCACUACAGCUGGCUACGAUCGCUGUGCUUGCUCGCAAAGACUAUGGUAUCAGUACCGCGGACUUGGGCGCUAUCGAAGCUCGAAUAUCCCAAUCUGUCGCCGUCAUUAGCAUGAUGCCGCUUCUAUACCCCAUUGCUCUAUUACUGCUCCUCAGUGUAACUGUUGCACUGUCAUUCUAUCCCUUCUUAUCGAGGUGCAUUCAUGCGUUUGACAUAAGCCCCAUUGGCGAGGGUAAGGGUUCAGAGGUAUCGCCGACAGACUGGAGUGUCGUGGAAGAUAUGUGCUUUCCCGCCGAGUAUAGAGAUAUUGGAAGAUCGACGACUUUCAAAUCUUUAAAUGGCUUGGAGUUGACUGUAUCCCUGAUUACAUACAUAUUCACAUUCUGGCUCCUUGCUGGCCUGCCUGGCACAUGUUACGACCAUGACGAGAAGGCAAAGGAUGCUAAGGAAGCAGAAGACAAGACCUCUUGGCGCGAGCGAGUCAAUAAGUGGUUCGGUGACAGGCCGCUUGUUGCUAUUCUUCCUCUUCUUGUGCUUGUUGGGUGGACUAUACCACUACUGUGGGUGAUCUUCACCCUCAGAAACGUCCAGGAGCAAAUGUAGGAGAACAUGGGAGAAGAAUACGAUGGGAAUUACUGUGGAUUUGGGCAGAUUGUGUCUAUCAUAUUGUUUAUCCCUGUUGGAGUUGAACUGACAUAUCGGUCGAGAUUCAGUUCAGUACAUGCAUACAAACUGGAUGGAUAAGAUAGGGUUGACUGCAUGAAUCUAAUCCA